CCUCCGCCGCAUUAACAAGUCUAUCAAUAUGGCCCCCAAGAAGGACGAGAAGCCCGCGACCGCCGAGGCCGGCGCCGAGGCCCCUGCCAAGGCUGACGCCAAACCUAAGGCCGAGAAGGCCGCCAAGAAGGCCAAGAAGGAGCCUUCCAAGAAGGCUGCUAAGGAGCCCAAGGGCGACGGCGAGAAGAAGGACAAGAAGAAGAAGAAGAGCGCCGUGGAGACCUACAAGCUGUACAUCUACAAGGUGCUCAAGCAGGUGCACCCCGACACCGGCAUCAGCAGCAAGGCCAUGUCCAUCAUGAACAGCUUCAUCAACGACAUCUUUGAGAAGGUGGCCACCGAGGCCUCCAAGCUGAGCCGCUACAACAAGAAGCCCACCGUCACCUCCCGCGAGAUCCAGACCGCCGUGCGCCUGGUGCUGCCCGGCGAGCUGGCCAAGCACGCGGUGUCGGAGGGCACCAAGGCCGUGACCAAGUUCACCUCGGGCUAAGCGCGCUCAGAGGCUGGACCUUGUCUUCAACCCUCUAAACAAAACUCGGUGUUUCUCAACACCACCUUGACACGGGACGUAAGGUUUGGGAUGGCGUGGGCAGCGGGUGAGCCUGGACAGCAGGUCGCAUGGGGUGAGGGCCACUGAAGCGGAGCGGAGACGAGGGUUUUGAAGGGCACUGCGCCGGGAGGGGCUUCCGGGCGCCCGGCCACCGUUUGGUCAGGGCACCGCUAGUAAUGUCGGGCUGAGUGCCGUGUUUGCAUGCCACCUAGUGUAGCUUGACACU